CAAAUAAGAAAAUUCCCAAAUGCAUUUUCUCUCUCCUCAGAUUCCAACUCACUGAUGUUCUUCUCCUCCUCCCUCCUCCCCCUAUUCCCGCCUCCGGAGUUCUGAUUGCCUCCACCUCCACUUAAAACCCUAACUGCUUCCCUCCAACAAAACCACCAUCUUGUAGUUGUAUCACCACCGUUAGCCGCGCCGCCUAUAGUCAACCACCGCUAGUCGGCGCCGCCUCUGCCAACCACCUCUCCUCUGCGGCUGCUACUCAGUUUUGACGACAGUUGAAAAUGUCAGAAAAUGUCGCAGUAGAGCAUACGGAAGGAGAAACAGUGACACCUAAGUACAAAGAUGAUACGAACAGAGGAGAGGAUAUAGAAGGAGAAGGGGAAGAAGAAGAGGAGGAUUGGUCUUCAGAUUCUGAUAUAGUGGAGGCUUUAGAUUGGUUGGAUAUGAAAGACGUUGAUGAGGGCGGUGUUGAAGGUGGAUCAAUUACCCUUAAUGCUCGACGACCCAAUGCCCAUGGCGGGGCUUUGUCUAGGUCAAGGACUUCAACGCUUCAACCCCUCUCUAAUCGCAGCCAGAAGAUUACUCAUCAUUUCCGUGCUUCUCCUCUAGAGGAAUGGGAGGGCAGGACAAAUGUUGGUAUGUCCAACUCAGUCACCACUGCAAUUCGUGAGAGUGUGCGGGGGAUGGCUAUUGGUAAAAAAAAGAACACAGAGAAAGCAGAUCGUGCAACUGUUGAACAGGCUAUUGACCCCAGGACUCGAAUGGUUCUCUUCAAAAUGUUGAAUCGUGGUGUGUUCAAUGAUAUAAAUGGCUGUAUAUCAACAGGGAAAGAGGCUAAUGUUUACCAUGCAACAAAGUCUGAUGGUAACGAAUUGGCUAUUAAAGUUUACAAAACUUCAGUUUUGGUGUUCAAAGAUAGAGAUAGAUACGUGCAAGGGGACUAUCGUUUCAGACAUGGGUACUGCAAGCACAAUCCUCGGAAAAUGGUCAAGACAUGGGCAGAAAAAGAAAUGAGGAAUCUUAUAAGGCUGAAAGCAGCUGGGUUACGCUGUCCUACACCUGUUCUUUUGAGACUCCAUGUUCUAGUCAUGGAAUUCAUUGGGAAGGCAGGUUGGGCAGCACCUCGACUCAAAGAUGCAGAUUUAUCUCUUGACAAGUUGCGGGAAUGUUAUGUAGAGAUUAUUACAGCAAUGCGGACUCUGUAUCAGAAGUGUAAAUUGGUACAUGGGGAUCUCAGCGAGUAUAAUAUACUAUAUUAUGAGGGUCACUUGUAUGUUAUUGAUGUCUCGCAAUCCGUUGAUCUUGACCAUCCUCACGCACUUGAUUUCUUACGUGAAGACUGUCUUCAUGUUUCUGAUUUCUUUAGGAAAAGUGGUGUGGCUGUUAUGAAUAUCCGAGAACUUUUUGAUUUCAUUGUGGAUCCAACCAUUACUGAUGAAGCCGUGGAUACUUACCUUGAAGAGGUACAACAAAAGAUUUUGGCUCGAGGGGAUGUGAUGUCUGCCGAGGAGCAAAUCGCAGACUCUGUAUUUGUUCAGUCGUUCAUCCCAAAGACGCUAGAAGAAGUCAAAGAUGCCGAGGAAGAUGCAUUUCGAUUAACUAGCGGGAAGGACACGGGAGAUAUGUACUACAAAACCAUCACCGGACUCAAGUCGGCAUUUAGUAUGACUCAAACUUCUGCUGCACAGAAAGACCAGAAUCAGGUAAAAGCAGCUACUCAUCCUGAUUUGAGUGUCAGCGAAACGGAUUCCGGAACAGAUGAUGAUGAAAGUGAAGAUAAUGAUGGAAGUUUUAGUGAAUCAGAAGAGAAAGCAAGUAAGCUGACUCCUGAAGAUAUAAAGGCUGCUAGGAAGGAAAACAAGAAGAAAGUUAAAGAGGAGAAGAGAGAAUCCAGAAAGACCAAGAUCCCAAAAGCUGUGAAGAAGAAGAAAAAGAAGCUUUCUAAAUCUGUUAAAACGAGGUAGUUUAUUCUGUUACAUAAAUAUAGAACAAAAUUUUGUAGAAAUAGUCAUUCUGAAGAGAACCUAUACUCCUAUAGUUGAAAUAUGCCGUUUUUAGUCUUCUUUUAUGGUAAACAGAAUUGAGCUGAAA